UCUGGCUGUAUGGUGACAGAGAAAGGCUGUCAUUAUGUGUCUUCAGCUCUGAGUUCAAACCCCUCACACCUGAGAGAGCUGGAUCUGAGCUACAAUCACCCAGGAGAUUCAGGAGUCAAGCUACUCUCUGAAAAACUGGAGGAUCCAAAGUGCUCACUGGACAGACUCAGUGUUGAUCAUGGAGGAGAAUCCAGAAUUACAGCAGGACUGAAGAAAUGGGUCUGUUUUCUCACACUGGAUCCAAACACAGCAAACAAUGAACUCAUUCUGUCUGAGGAGAACAGAACAGUGACACGAGUGAGAGAGAAUCAGUCGUAUCCUGAUCAUCCAGACAGAUUUGAUUAUUAUUGUCAGGUGUUGUGUAGAGAGAGUGUGUGUGGACGCUGUUACUGGGAGAUUGAGUGGAGUGGAGAUUAUGGUGUGUUUAUAUCAGUGUCAUAUAAGAGCAUCAGCAGGAAGGGACGGGGUGUUGAGUGUUUGUUUGGACGUAAUGAUCAGUCCUGGAGUUUGAUCUGCACUCCUGACAGGUACUUAUUCAGACACAAUAACAUAGAGACUGAUCUCCCUGUAGAGACCAUCAUCAGGAGAGUAGGAGUGUAUGUGGAUGUGAGUGCAGGAACUCUGUCCUUCUACAGCGUCUCUGACACAAUGAGUCUCAUCCACACAGAACAGACCACAUUCACUCAGACGCUCUAUCCUGGGUUUAAUGUUUAUCCUGGAUCAUCAGUUUCACUGUGUUGAUGAAUGAGAAUAGACUGAUGAGAGAUUGUACCCAUAAUGCUUUGAGCUGAUGAUGAAUCAGUAACAGUGAGAUGUUAUAGAGUCUCUUCAUCACAUGAAUAUGAACAUGAAUCAGAAUAAAUGUGUGUGAUAAAUCCUCAUAUAGACAGUAAGAUCAGUGUGUGUGUAAGUAUAUUUGUGUUUUAUUGUCGUGUCUCAUCAAUCAUUUGUU